AUGGUUAUUCUUGAUACAAUGGAAAGUGUUGGAAAUUUAGAAGAACAGGCCCUAAAGAGAAGAGAAAGGCUUAAAAAUUUAAAGCGUAAACAUCCUUCAGACAAUUCUGGAUCAGCAAUUGAAUCUAAAGGUGAAGCUAUUAUACUUCCAAAACCAAAAUUCAGAAGUUAUAAACCACAAGAUGAGACUUUACAAGAGGCUAAACUGGAAGAUGCAGAACCAGCUGCGGUAGACAAUGAAGUCAAGGAUUUAAUCGAGGCAGGCAAAGAAAAGGUCGUAUUACAAGACUUGGACAUUUCGAGUUUAGCACCUAGAAAACCAGACUGGGAUCUCAAAAGGGAUGUGGCAAAAAAAUUAGAGAAACUCGAGAGAAGAACUCAAAAAGCGAUUGCAGAAUUGAUCUGGGAAAGGCUGAAACAAGGUUCUGAGGACAAUAUAGGAGCUAUGGUGACCAUGAGCAACAAGCUACCUGAUGAUGACUGA